ACUUUGUUUGGUAGUGAGGUCGUGGGGUUACUUGAAUGGUUCCAGAGUAUGAUCAGUCAAAAAUAUCUUGUAAUUUUAUGAAGAUUGCGCAUAAACAUGGGAGGAAUAUCCACCAAAAUAGCGUUUGAAGUGUGUGUGGUAACAGGGGACUACAGUGGCGAUGAAUUAGGUCCUGGAGUUAACAUGGUCAUGUUUGAUCACUGUGGUAAUCAGUCACCAACAAUUACUUUGGAUAAUAUAUUUCAAAAUGAUAUUGACUAUACACAAGCAAAAUUCACCAUUGAUUUACAGGCCUGGAGUCGACUUAAAGUGUUUAAACGACUACACCAUAUCGAAUUUUGGUGUACUACUCAGUCUUAUCCACCACCUGCUUGGUUUUUAGAUAGAGUGAUUAUUAGGGAUAGAAGAUUUGGGAUGACUGCUGAAUGGAAAUAUUUUUUCUUUCCUGUACAUCAGUGGAUUAGUCAAGACCACCAAUAUGUUGUUCAUGACUGUGAGGCCUGGAUUCCUCAAUUGGAACCCUUUCCAGAGUUAAGAGAAGAGGAAGUUAGUAGACGUAUGCAAUUUUUUACUUUAUUCCAACGCUCAAAGGGUUUGCCAGUCGAAUUACAAGAAAUCCCACCUUCGGAGUUGUUCUCAUCAGACUCUCGAUGGGAUAUUGAGCCUUUAGUUCUGGAAGUUAUUGAACGUACUGGUCUGGCUGAAGAAUACACAAGUGAAGAGUCUUGGGAUUCUCUCGACACACUGGGAAACUUCUAUAAGAAAUAUAAUAUUACUGAACCUGUGAGUUUACAAUUUUGGAUGAUGAAUGAUAUUUGCUUUGGUGCACAACGUAUUCGUGGAUGUAAUCCAUUCACUAUUCAAGUCUGUCGUACAUUACCAAAAAGUUUUGAAAUGGUAGCAAAUUCACUGAAACCUCAUUUAGAAGGUUGGACACUACGUCAAAUGGUAUCAGCUAAUCGUUUGUACUUACUUGAUUUUCAUAUAAUGCAAGGACUUAGUUGUAAACGUGGUCGAGAAUUAUGUGCACCAUUAGCUAUCUUUUUUUAUACUGAAAAGAGACAGUUAAAGCCAAUUGCGAUUCAAUUGAAUCGUAAUUCGAAUGAUGGAAGUGGGAUCAUUCUUCCAACUGAUCCAACUUCAAUAUGGUUACAAGCAAAAUUAUGGGUUAAUCUUGCUGAUGCCUGUCAUCAUAUGAUUGUUGGUCGAUUGUUAACUCAUUUAAUAUUGGAAUCAAUUUAUGUGUCAUUACGACGUAAUGUAUCACAAUCACAUCCAAUAUAUCAUUUGGUUGCACCACAUUUCCGCAGUAUCCUACCUGUAACGAAGAAAUUAAAAGAGUGGACAUUUGAAAAUGGAUGGAUAUCUCGUAAUAUUCAAUUGUCACGUAAAGGAAUUAAACAGUUAUUAAGACGAGCUUUUAAAAAAUGGCGUUUUGAUGUAAAUGCAAAUAUUUAUCGUGAACUAGAGUCAAGAGGAGUAUUUGAUCCAAAUAGUUUAGGUAAUUAUCCAUAUCGUGAAGAUGCUAUACUUGUAUAUCAUGCAUUGGAACAGUUUAUCUCAAGCUACGUUCGUCUAUUUUACCCUGGUGGGACUGAACAAAUCAUACACGAUAAUGAACUACAGUCUUGGCGACAUGAAAUUGCUAGUCCAAUGGAAGAAGGUGGUUUAGGCCUAGUCGGUGUCCCUGGUAGUACGAUAAAACUUCGUACGAAUUCUGGACCAGAAGAUUAUCUACAAGAUAAUGUUACAGAAGAAAUAUUUGGUUUAAAUACGGUUGAAGAAGUGGCCAAAUUUCUAAUGGGAAUUCUUUAUCUUGGUAUUAUUGUUACUGGUUCAGCGCUUCGAUUGCCAAUGUUUGAUGAAUAUGGCUUUCCAGCACAAUAUCCGUUAAGUUUAUUUGGUUCUCCUCCUUUAGAUAGAAAUACAUUUUCCGAUGGUACUUUGAAUGGUGCACAUGGCAGUGUGUUUAGCUUUUCAAAUGUACAAGGUCUUGAUCGUGUAUUGGCUUCACUGCCCAAUCGUCAAAUGACAGUAGAAACUGUUCUCUACACUAGAUUGGCUAGUCGAGUUCAACAAUCUGUUUUAGGUCAAUUUGAAUCGGAUUUCAUAUUUAAAAAGAAAGCAGUUGUUCUAUUAGAUCAAUUUCGUCAUGACUUGGAAGAUGUGGCUAGACAGAUCGAUAUAAAUAACAGUGCUCGUGAUAUGCAUCAUCAGUAUCGAGCUUUAGAUCCUUCACUGAUGCCUAAUUAUCCAGGAAUUUGAUUGAUGAUCAACGAUACAUAUAUAGUUUUUUUUAAAAUAUGUGUACAAAAUAAUUGAAACAUUUUUGUCGAAUGUUAAACAAAUCAGUGCAAAUGAAAUACAUAUCCUUGAUCCCCUCUAUUAUUGUGCAUUCUUUAUCAUGAUUCAUACUAAAUUCUUAUUUAUAAUCACUUACUGUAUUCAUAAUCUGUGGCCACUUCACUAUGAUUUACUCUUAAAAUUGUCUUCCAGUAAUUUUUCUGUUUACUUUAUUUAAUAAUAUUAUUUCUUUUGACGUUCUCUUUUAUUUUAUUUCAUUUGUAUCUAUUUAUUACUUUAUCAAUACAUACCUAGCCGAGUUUUAUUCAUCAUUAAAACUAUCCUUUAUUAUGAUGUAGCGUAGAAUGUCUGUGAUUAAUAUUGAAAAGUAUUUCUAGUGUGUAUAAUCAAAACUAGUUCAUAUAAAAUUCAUAUCAGUCACUUACUUAAUAUUCUUUUUCAAAGAAAAGCAUUAUUUUUUAUCAUUUACACUUUUAUGUUUAAUGUUGCUUAUACAUAAGUCUAAUGUAGACUAUAUUGUACCUCCUUUGUCUUAUUCAAUUACAUAACAUAUCAAUAUUAUUUUAUUCUAUUAUUCAUUAUUAUCAAACACAUUGUUGUUAUUUUUAAAUGAACCAUUUUCUCACACUUUUCUCUCCAUUUUCAAUUUCGUGGGUUUUUUUUUUAUUUAUUACAACGAUUAGUUUAUUGGUAAUAUCUGAUAUCAGUAGUUUUGACAGUUUUAGUUUUGUUGACAUUACCAGUAAAGAGAAUAAUAAUGUCAGAUUGUUUUUUUUUUUAAAAAGUGAUUUUAUAAACGCACUUUAGUAAAUUUUUAUAAAUAAUUAUAAUAUAGAAAUUAUUUGCACUU